UUUAAGGUUUUCAACUAUGGUGUUCAAAAUGGCGCUGCCCAUGUGAAUUUUAAACAUGAAAGGUAUGAAGAGACUCUUCAGCAGUUUACUAAAAAACAACAAAACAGCUGCAGUAAAAGUACGGACUGAGGACGAUGUCAUCAGCGCAGCAGAUGUAACUAGACUUAGGAGUGCUUCAACGUUUGUGUCCCCACCGCACCCGGUUUCAAACCUCAGAGAAGUCCUGUUGCGAGUUCCAGGGGACGAAUCGAAAGCAGAAGCAGAAUUUCGACAAAUGACAGCAUCUCUUCACUCGUGGAACCAGGCAUACUGGGAACAACACAAUCAGGCUUUCCGCUCUGAGAAAGAGCUAUACACAAAAAGAAAAUUGGAGGAGUUAAAGAAAGAGGGGAUUGUGAAAGAGUCCCUAACAGCAGAGGAAAUGGCGGAAUUCUACAGGCACUUCCUGAACGAUAAUCACAAGAAACACAUGAUGUACAACUGGACCUGGUAUGGUAAAAACUUUGGACUUCUGUGGCCGGCGCUCAGGGCCAGCUGGAGUAGUCUGCAACGACAGGGAUUUGGCUUUCGUAUUAAGAAGAUAUAGUUGCUAUGGUAGUUGUAGCUGCAUUUCUCUUUCUUUUUCUUUUUGUACAAAGAAGUUUCAUAAAACGUUGCUUAGGUUCACACUGAAAGCAGCCGUGCUAAAAUAUUUUUUCGCGAAAGGGGUCGCGGGUGCAGUCGUCUGCAACAGUACCUCUCAUUUUGGACACUAGAUACCGCCACCGAAGCGCCUGGCGCUAGCACGAUCGAUACUUCGCUCCACCGGCUCCACUCUUUUCUUUUUAUGUUGUAUUUUAGAUCCGCUUUUGCUCUUUGUUUCAUUUUGUAUCCCUUUGGCAAACGUACCUCCUGACAUUGCAUAACGGCUCGUGGACCUUCACGGCCGUGAGAGCAAGCCAUCACUUUUUAGAUGUCAGGUGGAAGAUUCAAGGUCGACAUCUGCGUUGGUCGGUGUUAUAUCGGCCGGUAGGAGCUGUGCGAAACCAGAAAUAAUUGUGACACUUCCCGUUCAAAUAAGCUUCCGGAGGCAGGGAUACUUCGUUUUGCCAUUUUGAUUUCCGGACUGUCGACAUUGCUAUUUCAUUUCAAGCAACCUUUGCCCGUAGCCUGCUGCUUGUUCCCGAGAAACACCUCCGCAACAACACUCUGUUAAGUGUCGUCUGCAUCUAUGGCAGGUGAUUGCAGAAGUGCCAAAUGUGUAGACUGCGUUCAAAAACACUCGAGUGACGCAAUCAAAAGCACUACUCUUAUCGCUACUCUAAGGCCAUGUGUUGUUUUUGCUCGUACAUUAAAUGUGCCAUGCCUCUUU